UCACUUUGCGGCUUCACUUUUUCGCUGCUGUCGUUCUGUCGUCGUUGUUCAUUCUCCGUUUCGUACGUUUGCGCGGCGCAGUCACUUUUAUUCGAAAUUGUGUCGACUCGGUCGCGAAUGUGUGAGUUGCUUGGCUUCGAAAAACCCAAACGAAAAUUUGUGCAAAACAUCCUGCGUAGCGGAAAUCGCGUUGCCAAGUCGUCGUGAGAAUCUCCUGUCGCUGGACGAACACGUCGUUGCCGUGCUCCUGGUUCAGCAGCGCAAAGAAAUCGUCGAUCGAGCACUUUGCGUGGAAGUGGAUUUUGCGUGAGCAACGAGUGAAGAAAGAAAUUCCUGUGUGGGCUCGGGAAAUUGUCCAAUUCGUUGCACUUUUCCUUGUGCGCAAGCAAAUUGCCGUCACGGAUGGAAGUGUUUUCAGGCAAAAGUGCGGGCAAAUUGUCAAUGAAAAGUGAUAAAUUCUUUGUGCGAUAGUUGUGUACCGUUUCCGUGGCGUUUAUUCCUGUCCGAAGAGUCCAAGCCGGGCCGUCCGCAGGUCGCCUGCCGAGAAGUCCAGGAGGAGGAAAUUCCAAGUGUGGUUGCUACUUUGCCGCAGGAAUCCCUGUGGCGUCGCAAGUGUUUCUGGUGAGCUCGGUCGAAUCGAGGGAAGCCGUCCGCAGCCCCCGUCGCUUUGUUUUUAUUAUUGUCCGAGAAGAGACGUGCGGAAUUUCAUGCAGUCACUCUGUUUUGGUCGUCCCGUUAUCGAACCGAACCCCCAGUUGCUGCUGACGUCGAGUCCGCUGCCGCAGUCGCCCUCGCAAUUCUGUUAGGAAACCGGAAAGCAGAGUCUCUGCAGGAACCCAGAAGCGCAUAUGUUAAGCGUAAACGCGUCUAAGCUGGAUUACCUUAAAACGGAGGAGAUCGGAUCAUUGCAGGAGAACAACCCCACGGCGGCCCACAACGUGAAAAUGGUGAAACGAUCACCAAGUUUUCAUUCAUAAAACCAAACCGGGUCAAGAAAAAUCUCUGAAAAUUUCCGGGAUACCACUAACAAAUACCAAAGACUAUGGAAUUGAUUUGUACGGAUGGUACAGAGUCGCCAAUUCUAGCGGAACCGGAUACAGAAGGCCACGAUAAACCACGUGUAAAGUAUGGCGAAUUAGUGAUCUUGGGAUACAAUGGGUAUUUACCACAGGGUGAUCGUGGCCGUCGUCGUUCGAAAUUUGUCCUUUACAAACGCACAGAAUCGAACGGGGUUAAGAGAUCUAAACACUACAUUGUGCAGUCUCCACAGACAUCAAAAGCUAUCUUGGAUGCAAAUCAACACUCAAUAUCAUACACAUUGUCACGUAAUCAGGCUGUUAUUGUGGAAUAUAAGGAAGAUUCAGAAACGGAUAUGUUUCAGGUUGGACGUUCAUCUGAGUCUCCGAUUGAUUUUGUUGUUAUGGAUACAUUGCCGGGCGACAAAAAAGAUGCAAAAGUUAUGCAAAGUACAAUAUCACGUUUUGCAUGCCGAAUAUUAGUGAAUAGAAAUGAAUCAUCGAAAGCACGAAUAUAUGCAGCUGGUUUUGAUUCAAGCAGAAAUAUAUUUUUAGGGGAAAAGGCAACAAAAUGGCAAGAUAAUGUGGAAAUAGAUGGUCUCACUACGAAUGGAGUCCUAAUAAUGCAUCCAAAAGGUCAAUUUUGUGGUGGCAAUGCAAAAUGCGGAUUAUGGCGUGAAUGUUCAGUUGGCGGUGAUGUUUUUAGCCUUAGAGAAUCGAGGUCAGCACAACAGAAGGGACAGCCAGUCUACGAAGAAUCGAAUGUACUUCAGGACGGAACACUUAUUGAUUUAUGUGGUGCUACGCUUCUUUGGCGAUCCGCGGAGGGCUUACAACAUUCACCAACAAAACGAGAUCUGGAAAAGCUCAUUGAUGAUAUAAAUGCCGGUCGUCCACAAUGUCCUGUUGGCCUCAAUACCCUAGUUAUACCGAGAAAAGUCAGCUUAGGAGAACACGUUAAUCAGCCAUAUGUAUAUCUUAAUUGCGGUCACGUUCAAGGUCAUCACGAUUGGGGCCAGGACAAAUCGACCGGAGCUAGACGAUGUCCGAUGUGCUUAGAAUUAGGACCAGUAGUUACAUUAUGUAUGGGUAUCGAACCAGCAUUCUACGUUGAUUCGGGACCGCCAACAUAUGCAUUUAAUCCAUGUGGACAUAUGGCUACAGAGAAAACUGUGAAAUAUUGGGCAAAUGUAGACAUUCCUCAUGGUACGAAUGGUUUCCAAGCAGUUUGUCCGUUUUGUGCAACGCCACUAGACGGUUCCCCCGGCUACAUCAAAUUAAUAUUCCAAGAUAAUUUAGAUUGAAUCAAUUGUUGUUAAGAUAAAGUAAUUCUUAAGUUUGGAAAUAAAAACAAAAAAAAAAUAUACAAAUUUAUAACAAUAAUAAAAAAAGAUAUAAAUCAACGUAAAAGAAAUUCAACCGAAGACAGAAUAAAGAAUUGCUCCUAAGUUAAA